CGAGCGCUAGGGAUCGCCUCUCGAUUUCUCUCGCCCAUCUCCAGCACUCUUCUUGACGACCUGCGUUAGAUAUCCUCAGAUCAUACUCCUACAGGCUCCGCUGCCGAUCUCGAGCAUCCACGACUUCAAGACCACUAUCAUCGCCUCUCAGCACUCACGCUACGCCCAUGGCCGCUUCCAGGUCUCAGGACCCUUCCACGAAGGACGUCAAGAUCCUGCUCAUUGGAAACUCACAAGUAGGAAAAUCCUCCCUCCUCCUCCGCUUCCUCAACACGGACGAGUCCUUCAAUGCGAACACAGCCGUCACCGUCGGCAUGGACUUCCACUUACACGCGAUGACCGUCAACGGACGGAAGGUCAGGCUAAGCAUCUGGGACACCGCCGGUCAGGAGCGCUUCCGCUCCCUCACCAAUAAUUUCUAUAGGGGUGCGCAGGGUGUCGUGUUGGUUUACGACGUAGCAGACCGAGGCUCGUUCGAGGCUCUGCGGCAGUGGUAUGCCGACGUCGAAAGCCGCGCGCCCUCGGAGGUGGUGAAGAUCCUCGUGGCCAACAAGGUCGACAAGACAGAAGGGAGACAGAUCUCCAAGGACGAGGGCGCUGCGUACGCUAGGCAAAUGGAGAGCUUGUACGUUGAGGCGAGCGCGAAGACGGCGGAGGGGGUGAAGGGGGUGUUCGAGAAGGUGCGUGCUGUGCUCUGGUGGUCAUACUGCCAGCGCGCGCGUGAUAUUGACACGGCCGGCCACUAGCUCGUCGAGAAGAUCCUGGAGAAAGCGAACGCUCCAAGCAGCAACGGCGCGUCCUCCGCCAGCGGUCAUCGCGAAUCGCCCUCCGUCCGCGGCAAGCGAGCGCCCCCUUCAAGAGGCCCCAGCCGCCCCACCAGGCCCAACCGCAGGAGCCACUCUGGUGGCACACCAAU